AGCACUUUUGCCACACAACACAACGCUGCAUAGGAGUCAAAGACACCUUCCUCCUUCCCUUGUUUACUUUGACUUUCUCUCUGCAACUUCGCAGGUCACUGAAGCCACCUUAGUUCUCAAUCCAAGACACAAUCUCAACAUCUAAGUACCACUUCUUCCUCUUCCAAAUCAAAGCUUGAGUUGAAGCAAUAAGUUUCUGAAGAGUAUCACAAUUUUUCCUCAAUUGGGCAUCAAUCUUCAUAUGUAGCUAUUUCUGCUCUUGGGGGAAGGAAUCAGAAUGAAUGCCACCAACUUAGUCUGAAUCUUCAGCUGAAUCUCAGCUAGCCGUGGAUCCAGUUGAGCCCAAUCGUGUAAAAUUCUGAAACUUUACUAAUUUUGGGCAUUGUUGCUGAGGCUUAGGACUAUUUGUGAUUGAUUGGUGUUUAGGUUUUGUGAUUGAUUGGUGUGAAAAGGAGGAAAGGAAAAAGUGACCUUUUUUUUUAAUAUUUCGGAUCCUAAAUUUUAGAAGCUGGAUUUGAUCUUUCUGUUUCUGAGCUAUCAAGAUGGGAGGGCAAUCAAGCAAGAUGGUUAGUGUUGAAUCCCCGACACCCAUUAAAAUGGGUACCCAUUCUCUGUAUGCUGCUGAUUUGAGCUCCUAUGAAGCUGCUUGUGUUAAAGAUCCAAACUUGCAAUCCUUUGACGUGAGCAUUCAGGAGCAUACCAAUAGGGUGAUUAGUUCCCUUGCUCAUGGGGUUGAGGUCAGAUCCUUGUCUUUUGAUUCACUGAGAGAAAUGACUGAUAGUCUUCUUGAGAUGAACCAGGAAGUAGUCAAAGUUAUUUUGGAUUGCAAGAAAGAUAUAUGGGGAAACUCAGAAUUGUUCUCCUUGGUGAAUGAUUACUUUGAUAAUAGCCUCCACACAUUGGAGUUCUGUAACUCACUUGAGAAAUGCUUGAGGCAAGCACGCGAAAACCAGAUGAUAGUCAAGUCAGUGGUUACCUACUUUGAGGAAGAGGUGCAAAAUGGGGCCGAAGGGGUGACUUAUGUGAAGACAUUGCAAGAGCUUAAGAAGUUUAAGGAUGCCGGGGACCCCUUUACUGAAGAGUUUUAUUUGUUGUUUCAAUCGGUUUACACGCAACAGGCAUCAAUGUUGCAGAAAUUGCAAAUCAGGAAGAGAAAGCUCGAUAAGAAAUUGAAAUCCCUCAAGACAUGGAGGAGGGUGUCAAAUGCCAUUUUUGUUGCUGCUUUUGUUUCUGUCUUGAUUUUCUCGGUUGUGGCGGCUUCUAUUGCUGCGCCACCGGUUGUGACAGCCUUGGCUGCUGCAUUGGCUGUUCCAAUAGGGUCAGUAGGAAAGUGGUGCAACUCUCUCUUCAAGCGCUAUGAGAAAGCUCUAAAGGGACAACGGGAAGUGGUCAGCUCAAUGCAGAUUGGUACUUACAUUUCACUGAAGGACCUGGACAACAUUCGAGUGCUUAUCAACAAAUUGGAAUUAGUUCUUGAAUCAUUAUUGCAGAAUGCUGAUUUUGCUAUUAAAAAUGAGGAUGUUAUGAAGUUUGCAAUUGACGAGAUUAAGAAGAAAAUAGAAACAUUUUCAGAAACUAUGGAGAGUUUAAGUGCUCAUGCUGAUAAAUGCAGUCGCCAGAUACGGAGAGCGAGGACUGUGGUUAUACAAAAUAUAAUCAAGAAACCAGAUUGAAAUUUGUUUACUUUCUCUUGCUGGAUUCUUCCUUUGCUUCAAAUAGGUAGACUACUUCAGUAAGAUGCUUAUAAAGAUAAAUGAAUAUAGAACUUGUACAGAACAUUCUGUACUUUCUAAUUUCUCUGUAUAGAUAUUUAGAUUAUAAAUGAUUACAAAUAUGUUUUCUGCUUAGCUGUUUCUGCUUACACUUUUGUUAGAUGCAAUUGACCAUCAUCUGAGUACAUAAUGAUGAAAUCAUGACAAGCUCACGGAACAAAGUAUAGGACUGUUGAUGAUGAAUUGUAAGUACAGACUACCUUAAGUUUGGAAUAAAUCUAAUGGAGCAGCUCCAUGAUUAGGAGAUC